AUGUCAUUCCGGCCAAUGUUCCAGCGACGAGCUGUCGCUCCCAUAGCAGCGACGCUUCUGGUUGGAGGCAUAGUCACAUACCCUCGACGAACCGUUUAUGCUGAGAGUCCCUCAGACCUUCGGAAACCUAUUUACGACGACUACCCUACCGAAUCUGUCGCCGUCCCAGAACAGAAACCCAUUAUCGCCAUCCCUUCCGAAAUCUCAAACAAAAUCACAAAAGAAGAAUCCAGCGUCACCGAUCUUCUAACGGCGCAAGUCCGUCGUGCCCGCCUCUUCGUCUAUGCACACUCUCUCGCCGCGGAGAACAGUUUCAACGACUUUUUGUCUCGCGUACUCCGCGUGGAAAAUGCAUUCACCAACACAAUUGCCUCGCUAGCUCCAUCUCCCGAGUCAGGCGAACGCCUCCUUCCCGGUGGAGUUUAUGUUAUUGUGUCCGCCAUGGCCGGAUCAAUUGUCUCUCGGAACCGUGGAAUCAUUCUCCGAUCAGCGACUCCUCUUGCAUUCGGUACCAUCGCCGCCUGGACUCUCCUGCCAGUGACUAUGCGCAACGUCUCGAACCUGGCUUGGGAGUAUGAGAAGAAAGUGCCCGUGGUGGCUGACAACCAUCUGAAGGCCCAUAAUUAUAUUCAGCACGUAUACACCACCGGAGUCGCUCACAGUGCAAUGGGUCGCGUUAUGCUGGAGGAUAAAAUUGGAGAAGCCCGUGAAUAUCUUGAAGAAUGGGUUAGGAAGGGCCGAUAA